AUGCCUAUUACGGCUAGUAUUUUCCUCCAAACUCCUUCCCGACAACUUCUCGUCACUUCCGGUUUCCCUAACACCGCAAACCCAGCAGCUUCACAUUGCACAACAAUGGCUUCGCGUUUGGCAAAGAGCGCCAUCGGCGCUACCCGCGUCCGACCGGCCCUCGUCACCCGCAAUCUCCCUUCCAUCACAGCCAACAUCACGGCACCUCGUUACGCCUCCAACGUGCCCGCCGAGGAGCCCCAGAAGAAGGCCCAAUCGAUCAUUGAUUCGCUUCCUGGAAACUCACUCGUUUCUAAGACCGCUAUCCUGUCUGCCGGAGCCGGUCUCUCCAUUGCCGCCAUCAGCAACGAGUUGUACGUGUUGAACGAGGAAACCGUCAUCGCAUUCUGUUUGCUCAGCGUCUUCACUGCUCUCGGUAAAUAUGGUGGUCCCAUGUACAGAGAGUGGGCAGAGGGUCAGUCGCAGAAGUACAAGGAUAUUUUGAACUCUGCUCGUGCCGACCAUACCAAUGCCGUUAAGGCCCGCAUUGAGAAUGUCCAGCAGCUCGGUGGUGUUGUUGAGGUCACCAAGCAGCUUUUUGAAGUUUCCAAGGAAACUGCCAAGCUUGAGGCUCAGGCUUACGAGCUCGAACAGCGCACUGCUCUCGCUGCCGAGGCCAAGCAGGUCCUCGACUCCUGGGUGCGCUACGAGGGUCAGGUCAAGCAGCGCGAGCAGCGUGAGCUUGCCGAGACCGUUAUCCGCAAGAUCCACGAAGAACUCAAGAACCCCAAGGUUCUUCAGCAGAUCCUUCAGCAGAGCAUUGCUGAUGUGGAGCGUAUUGUUGCCACCAAAUAAACGUCAAUAGACGGAUGGUUAUUAUAUCCUUUAUCAUGUACAAAAUCCAAGCUGUCAGUGUUAUAUGAUACACUAGACUUUUUAAAAUUCUACAAUUACAAUGAUCUGUUCUUUUCUUUUG